AUGGCGGGAGGCAGUGGAGGAAGAUCUUUGGAACAAACACCAACAUGGGCUGUUGCCGUAGUUUGCUUUGUUCUGGUUUCCAUUUCAAUAAUCAUCGAGUACAUCAUUCAUCUUAUUGGAAAGUGGUUGAAUAAGAAACGCAAGAGAGCUCUUUAUGAAUCACUUGAAAAGAUAAAAUCAGAGCUUAUGCUACUAGGAUUUAUAUCGUUGCUCCUGACAGUAGGACAAAGUCCAAUAUCAAAUAUAUGUAUAUCAAAGAAAAUUGGAGCCACUUGGCAUCCAUGCAAUAAGAAGGAAGAAGCAGAAAUGAACAACAGCGAAGACACAGAAACAGAUUAUGAAAACCGUAGGAAGCUUCUUUCCAUUCCGGAUUCUGCAGGUGAAAGUUUCCGGCGUGUCUUGGCGGCCGGAUCAACCGAUAAAUGCGCUGCUAAGGGUAAAGUUCCAUUUGUGUCUUCAGAUGAGCAAAGAUCCAGAAAGGUUCAGGUUUGCAAGAGAAACAUCGUUUGGAAGAAGGCACUUAAGCUUCUGGACGAAGACACCAAUUCUAAUGUGGAUAGCUGGUAUUCUUAUCUGUGGCUUCCGUUUGUCCCACUGAUUGUGAUCAUUACCAAAAUGGGGCUUAGAAUUCAAGAGAGAGGAGAGGUUGUAAAAGGAGUGCCAGUGGUUCAGCCAGGUGACGACCUCUUCUGGUUCAACCGCCCACACCUCAUUCUCGGUCUCAUCAAUUUUGUUCUCUUUCAGUAUGAAUUCGGAAUUAAAUCUUGUUUCCAUGAGCAUGUGGAAGACAUAGUCAUUAGAAUAUCAAUGGGGGUCCUCAUACAAAUACUCUGCAGCUACGUCACUCUCCCUCUGUAUGCCCUUGUGACACAGAUGGGCUCAUCGAUGAAACCAACCAUAUUCAAUGAAAGAGUAGCAACCGCACUCCGAAAUUGGCACCACACUGCCAGGAAACAUAUCAAACAAAGCAAGGGUUCUGUGACUGCGACCCCUAUGUCGAGCAGACCAACCACACCGUCUCACCAUACGUCCCCCGUCCACCUUUUGCGUUACUAUCGCAGUGAAAUGGACAGUCUCCAGACUUCUCCGAGAAGAUCCAAUGUUGAUGUUGAGCAUUGGGAGACAGAAUCUCCAUCACCCUCUCACCACAAUCACGCCGGCGAGGGCUCGUCGUCACACCGCCACCAGCAACAACUUGAAUUAGCUUUAGCAGCUGGUCACGAAGAAAAUGAUAAGGAUGACAUGGAAACAGGUAUAAAUCAUAAUCAAGUGGCAGCACCACUUCCACAACCAGCCACCACACACCACGAGAUUGAAAUUGUGAGAAAGGAAUUUUCGUUUGAUAGAAGAUCGAGUUUAUAA